UAUAAAAGGCCGGAAAGAUUUUCACUUAUCAAUGCAACAAGUAUCUUUCGGUGUUAGCCUCAUUUCUUAUGAGCGAGAUACGUUUAAGAUAAGAGAACGCGAUCAUGAAUCAGUUGGAAAGUAAUUUUGAUGCUAAAAAGAAAAUCUGGUCCGGUAGGAAAGUGAAAUUAGUUUAUAACCCAAAGUUAACCAUUGGUGAAGUCAUUCGGUCGACACUACAACGUAAUCCUAAAAAAAUUGGGCAAAUUUUUGUUGAUAAUGGAGUGCGACUUUCAAAUGGCGAAAUUCUACUACGAGCCCACAAAAUCGGAUACUAUCUUAUGGAAAGAUGGAAUCUCCAAAGCGCGGAUGUAGUCGGACUAAUAGCCAGAAACACGGAAAAUCUAGCUCCUCUCGUUUUCGGACUUUUCUUUUGUGGUGUCUCAGUUAAUAGCCUCGAUACUUCUUUCAGUGAAGAUGAAAUUAUCAACAUUUUCAAAUAUACCAAACCUAAACUCGUCUUUUGCGAUGCUGAUGUAUAUGUGAAAGUCAAAACUUCCCUCGAAAUAAUAGAUAAUGCGGCCGCAAUCUAUAUUGUAACUGGAAAAGUAGAAAAAGGGCUGACUACCUCAGUAGAUGAGAUCCUAGACCAAGUAUCUGAUGAAGAAACACAUAGAUUCAGUCCUAACCAACCUGAAGACGCUAUAAACCACCCUCCCAUGAUUAUUUGCUCAUCAGGAACAACUGGACCAGCCAAGGGAGUAUGUAUCUCACAUAAUUCCAUGUUACAGCAGAACAUCUUCAUGUUUCUUCAACAUACCGACAUCUUGUUAUGCUUCAGCUCCUUAUAUUGGCUAUCAGGAGUAUUCACACUUAUCAGGGGAACUAUCCUCGGCGUAACGAGAAUUAUCACUAGUCAACCAUUCACUCCUGAGUUGAUGCUACGCUUGAUAGAACAAUACCGAAUCACUUCCAUCUUAACGCCACCAUCACAGCUAGCAAUGAUGGUCGAAUGUCCUGAAAUCAAAACGAAGGACCUAUCCAGCCUUCGCGAAUAUCUUUGCGGAGGUAGUUUCGUUGCACCUGCACUUUGUGAUAAGAUGGCAGAAUAUCUUCAAAACGGGAGAAUCACAGUUGUUUAUGGAUCAACGGAAGCAGGGGGAGGUUGCACUAUGAAUGUGAAUCCAUAUAAGUAUGGAUCAGUUGGCAAACUAAUCCAUAACUUUCAAAUGAGAAUUGUGGAUGAUAAUGGUGAUGCAUUAGGACCGAACGAGAAUGGUGAAAUUUGUGUGAAACCCCUAUACAAGUUUCUUGGCUACUAUGGUCGAAUGGAGGAUCUCGAAUCAGUCGUAGAUAAUGAAGGUUGGAUCCACACCGGAGAUAUUGGCCAUAUUGAUGACGAUGGCUUCUUAUUCAUAGCAGAUCGGAAAAAAGAAAUCAUGAAAUAUAAGAAUUUCCAAUUCUCACCAAGUGAACUUGAAAAUUUUCUUUUAGGCAUCCCAGGAGUUAGCGAAGUUUGUGUCUGUGGGAUCCCAGACGCAAUCUACACUGACCUUCCAGCCGCAGUCAUUGUACGCAGUAAGGAUUCAAACAUCCAUGAAAAAGAUGUUGAGAACUACGUAAGAAGUCAGCUAUCGGAUCACAAACAACUUCGUGGGGGGAUUUAUUUCGUAGACGGUUUGCCCAUGACUGCCUCCGGAAAGUACAAAAGAGGGGCAGUGAAGGAAAUUGCUAUUGAGUUAUACAGGAAGAGAGCAAACGACAAAAACAAUUUAUUAAAUUCCUGUUAAACAAUAAAGUCACAAAAACCAA